GAGAAUUUUGUACAGGCAUUGCAAGGACAGCUCAUCUGAUGUAAACAAGGGUCCUUUGCGAAGCCGCGGAUGUUUUGUAUCUCGACCAUGCUGGGUCUUGUCUUCACAACUCGCAAAACAUGACUCUAUCCUACGAAUGUGGACAUCAGGGUCCGGCUUUGUUGUGACUUCAUGAAUUGUGGUGAUGUCACGGCCAACUCCGUCCCCAAUCUACACCCUAAGGGGUGCCAGUGGACCCUUCAACACCCUCCAUUUCAGUUGCCAUGGAGGGGACACUCCCCUCCUCUUCUCCGGAUCAGGGAAGGGUGCCAUCCAUAUGUGGAAUCUUAACACCAGGAGGGCAGACAGAAUUAUAGAAGGUCAUUCUGGUAGUUCUGUCAUCUGGGUCAGUGCACUUCCCUCAACAGAUACACUCAUUAGUCAAGGACGGGACAUGAGAGUCUGUCUUUGGGAUUUAAGCAAAGGUUCCAAUGAGCUGAUGGACUCUCUCACAACAGGAAGUGUUGGAUUCUGUCAGUGCUCCUUACUGGAGACAGGGCAGCGGACAUGCCUACUCGCCUUUGGAGGACAACAAACUGAGGAGCUCAAGAUUGUUGAACUACCCAGUAAGACACUGGUGUGCAGCCUGGUACCAGAUUCAAAAUUGGGGUUGGUCAUGUGUGUCAAACUCUGGCAGCCACAGUCAGGUCGUGGACCUCUCUUGCUGGCUGGAUAUGAGGACGGUUCACUUUUGUUAUGGGACAUAACCCAGAGGUCCAUUCUGAGUCAAGCCAAAGUCCACCCAGAUCCUGUCAUGUGCCUGACCUUUGACACAGAAAUUCUGAGGGGCAUAUCGGCUUCUUCAGACAAUAUACUCUCCUCAUGGAUCCUGGACGGGCAGAAUAACUUGCAGGUCCAAAACUGUGUGACUCUCACCAACCCCGGCAUUUCCCAGAUGAGUAUUAGAGGAGAUGGUAAACUUUUAGCAGCAGCAGGCUGGGACCACCGGGUACGGAUAUUUGGCUGGAAGAGGCUGCGACCUCUGGCAGUCCUGCAGUACCACAGUGACAUGGUCCUCAGCGUUGCAUUCUCCGACCAUAGUGACCCCGGGCAAAGACUUCUGGCUGCUGGAUCCAAAGACCAACGCAUCAGUCUGUGGUCAAUCUACAAUGAGGGACGGUCUGAAAAUAAUUAAUUUUCAGCAGCAAUGGUGAAUAUAAGAAAGGUGUCACCAACAUGGUGCCCGCUGACAACAGGUCGCCUCCAAGGACCACAUGAGUAGCCCUUGGGUCUCUUUCAAAAAUUGCUCACCAGUGAUGGGCCAAUAUGAUUUCCUAGGAAAUUAAAUAUUGGAGAAAUUAUCAUUUAAAAAUGUAAUCACUUGUCCAAGAAAUAAAUAGUUUCACAUUGAUAUUUAUGUUUCCUACCUUGUGAAAAUCGAUCCACCCAUUUUCUGCACAAGGAGACAGACAACAGUUGCACUCCCUAUUACACCAAGGGGCAAUUUAGAGUCUCCAAUUAAGGCAUAUUUUGGGAUGUGGGAUGAAACUGGAGUGCCCUGAGAAAACCCAUGCAGGCACAGGGAGAACAUGGAAACUUGACACAGGCAAGGUUGGGAUUCGAACCCUGGUCCUCAGAACUGUGAGGCCAAAGCCCCAGUGUUAGAUGAGAUUCACCAGUAGUUCCCCAAGACUCUGGGUGCUGUGGGGCUUUCCUGGAUGACACUCUCUGAAACAUUGAGUGGACAUAGGAGUGCCUCUGGGUCGUCAGGUUGGGGUGGUGGUACCAGGACUGGCGGGUGUGCUCCAUCUACAAGGGUAUCAUAAUCCUCAGCCUCCCUGGUAAGGUCUAUUCAGGAGUGCUGGAGAGGAGUGUCUGUCGGGAAGUCAAAUCUCAUGUUUGAGUAUGGGGGGCUGAACCCUCUAAUAUGGAGUGUUCGGUCCCUAUACGACCAAUGUCAGAGUUUGGUUCACAUUCCCGGUUAGUAAGUCAGAUUUCUUUCCAGUGAGGGAUGGACUCCGCCAAGGCGGCCUUUUGUUAUAGAUUCUGUUCAUUAAUUUUAUGGACACAAUUUAUAGGCACUGCCAGGCAUUGAGGGGUCCGGUUUGGUGUCCUCAGUAUUGCAUCUUUGCUUUUUGCAGAUGAUGUGGCUUUGUUGGUUUCAUCAAGCCCUGAUCUCCAACCCUCACUGGAGCUUCUGGUUUGUAGCCAAGUGUGAAGCAGCUGGGAUGAGAAUCGGCCCCUUCUAAUUUGAGACCAUCGACAUCAGUCGAUAAAGGCUGGAGUCUCCUGUCUGGGUCAGGGCAGCGAUCCUGCCCCAAGUAAAGGAGUUCAAAUAUCUUGGUGUCUUGUUCAUGAGUGAGGGAGGAAUAGAACAGGAGAUCGACUGCCAGAUCAGUGCAGCAUCUGCAGUUAUGCGGUAUAUAUAUUGGUCUGUUGUGAUGAAGAGGAAGCUAAGUCAAUCCCAGUCUCAAAGCUCUCAAUUUACCGGUCGAUAUACGUUCCUACCCUUCCCAAUGAUCACUCGCUGUGGGUCGUGACCAAAAGAACAAGAUCCCACAUACAAGCCGCCGAAAUGAGAUUCCUCCGCAGGUUGUCCGGCUCUACGUUCGAGAUCGAGUGAGAAGCUCAAUAAUCUGGGAGGGGGUCAGAGUAGAGCCACUGCCCCUCCAAAUUGAGGGGAGCCAGAUUAGAUGGCUCAGGCAUCUGAUUAGGAUCCCUCCUGGUAGCCUCCCUGGUGAGGUGUUCCAGGCACGUCCCACUGGGAUGAGACCCCAGGGACGACCCAGGACACGCUGGAGAGACUAUGUCUCUCGGUUGGCUUGGGAAUGACUUGAGAUCCCCUUGGAAGGGCUGGAGGAAGUGGCUAUGGAGAGUGAAAUCUGGGCUUCUUGCUAAAGCUUCUGCCCCCGCGACCUGACCUAAAUGGAACAAAAUGGGUGUUCAAAGUCAAAGGUCAAAGUUCUUUUAUGUUUUAUGCAAAGAGGAAAAUUUAAUGUUUAACACAUGAAAUACACUCAUCUAACUAUGUGACUAUGAUUAAAUGAAUAUUAAAAGUUUCUGAAAAUAUUAGUUUAUUGGAGAUGCAGACAAAUUGUGUUUAAUCAUUUUGUUAUUUUUUUCCCUCUUCAUGAUGCAGGUGCAGCUUUGUCUCCUCUGUCUGUGCUAGUUUCCCAAAACAGAUUAAACUGUGAUUUUGUUGACUUACCUGAUGUGAGCUAUGCUCCAGUGAACUUGAAUAAUGAGGUGUACGAUACACCUGAGCAGAUAUGUAAUCCUGCCUUGUUAUUUUAGCAGGACUUUGCUUAACAUAGAUGCCAGCGGCCUGACUUAAGCCAUAUUUGUCAAACAAGGUUAAUCACAGCAGGCCUGGAGAUCAGAGUGCUGUCGGUUUCAACUGUCACGCUGUCAUCUGUAACCAUUACCUGUUCACGAUUGGUUAUUUUUCUCUUCGGUAAAGAUAAGAAAGUGUUCUUUUUCCUUCCAAAGUCUAAUAAUAUCAUGAUUAAAUGAGCACGUUGAGAGCUGA